GAUGUGAUCCGUGUCAUGCUUAUGAAUGUAAUCCUUCUGGUGAAACCUGCGAAUAUGGUUACAGGAUAUCAUGUGGCCAGUGUGGAGCAUUACAUUGCUUUUCUGAUACAACGUCUGCAACAACAUUACAACCAGGCCCAAAAAAUAUUAAACUUUAC